AUGGUCAAAGUUUUACUUGCUCUUACUUCUUACAACGAACCUUUUUACAGUGACGGUAAAAAAACUGGUGUUUUCGUUGUUGAGGCUUUACAUCCUUUCGAAGUUUUCAGAAAAAAAGGGUAUGAAAUCCAAUUUGCAUCUGAAACUGGUACUUAUGGAUGGGAUGAUCAUAGUGUUGUUGCUGAUUUUUUAAAUGGUGAAGAUAAAGAAAUUUUUGAUAAUGUCAAUUCUGAUUUCAAUAUUGCUUUGAAAAAUUUGAAAAAAGCUUCUGAUGUUAAUCCAAAUGAUUAUGAUAUCUUUUUCGGUAGUGCUGGUCAUGGUACUUUAUUUGAUUAUCCAAAGGCUAAAGAUUUACAAAAAAUUGCCACUACUGUUUAUGAUAAAGGUGGUGUUGUCUCUGCUGUUUGUCAUGGUCCUGCUAUUUUCGAAAAUUUGAAUGAUCCAAAAACUGGUGAACCAUUAAUUAAAGGUAAAAAAAUCACUGGAUUCACUGAUGUUGGUGAAGAUAUUUUGGGAGUUACCGAUCUUAUGAAGAAAGAUAAUUUGUUGACCAUUAAACAAGUUGCUGAAAAGGAAGGUGCCACUUAUAUUGAACCAGAAGGUCCAUGGGCUAAUUUCACCGUUACUGAUGGUAAAAUUGUUACUGGUGUUAAUCCACAAUCUGCUGUUAAAACUGCUGAAGAUACAAUUACUGCUUUUGAAAGUAAAUAA